AUGCCCGGUUUACCUUUGAAAUUAAAUCGUGAUUCUACAACAACAACACCAGUCACAGCAAUGCCUGGGUCAACAUCACUACAAGAUAUACGAUCACAAAAAUAUUGGACCAAAGAGCAACGAUUAAUUAGUCUGCCAGAGAGUUUUAUAUCUAUUCGUGGUCCAUUGACAUCUGACGAUCGUGUAUUUGAACAUCCUGAAGUAACUGUAAAAGCGUCUCAACUCGAUGAUGAAUUACAGCGUCGUUUGCAACAACAACAAAGUCGAACGGGCUCUGUUCCAAAUCUUAUCGAACAUCCUGAUAUUCGUCAACCAUUACAAAUUCAACCCGUUCCAACGUCAACAUCAAAAAUAAUUCGAAAAAUGUCAGCCGAUGCCAACAACAAUCGACGAUCAACAUCACCACCUUCAUCUAACAUAUUUUCAACACAUCAGUCGGAAUUUAAUAAGAAGGAAGACGAGCAACCAAGUGUAUCGUUGGAUCAAAACUGGUUCAAACGACAACAACAGCAACAGGAACAACAAUUCACCACAAAUAGGAAUCGAGCUGACCCACUUGUCACUGAUAUUACAGAUAUUUUGGAGAAUUCAGAACACAAGAAAAAUGAUAUUAAUCCGUCCAUAACAAAUGGUGAUGAUAAACGUCAACAUCCAGUUCAAAUAAUUCGUGAAUAUUCUGAUACAUCAACAGUCUCAGACGAUGAACCUAAUCGAAAUAAAUCUAAAACGACAACGACCGCGAUUCGAAAAACGCCAACAAAUGGAAAAUCACCAUCGGAUGAUGAUUUUUGGUGA